ACGUCUGCUCUCACUCUUUUUUCGUCUUCUCAGGAUAUCUUUGGCUUCUGGCUGGUCCAGUACCCAUCUCGACCUUCUUUUAGAUCUCUCUUCUCUAAUAGCAUUCAUGCACCUUCCCCGCAGAUCAGUCAAAAACAUCCAGCCCCUGCCCAGCAUAUAUACCGUAUUUCCGAGCAACAACGAGGAUAAUAGUACUAGUGAGCAUUCGGGGAGGUGCCUAAUUAGGCAUAUCGAAGAUGGAAUUGAGGUCGUCCCUCUUGAACGGUGCAACAUCCUCUCGGCACCGAUACUUAGCCCUGAUCAAGCGGAGAAAGAGCUUUUCAUACCACACAAGCACGACAGCAGUCCAUUGGAGAAACCUCUCCCAAGGUUACCCACAUCAACGCUGUGGGCCAGGCUAUCAGUGAAACAACGCAUCCUUGCGUUGAUUGGCAUACAACUUGCGUUAAUGUUGACUAUUGGUAUCGCAUUAUUGGCAGCAAAGAAGCGCACAUCGUCAAGUAGCGGUUCAAACAUAAGGACAGAGACAACCGGGAGUGAUGCGCCGUCAAUACAGCCCAUGGACCCAUUGCCACGGGGGCAUUUCGCGAUCCCGAUAGAGUUGCCGCAACAGCAAAAUUCGGCAUGUCUAGAGAGAAACAAUGAGUCGAUUGCAUGGCAGUGUGCAUCUAACACAACCUGGCAACUCAACGUACUGCCGCCUCCCAUGGACUCAAACGCCACAAUGAUCACGCUCGGUUCAGUGCCGAACAGUGACGACACUAUCUAUCACGGACAUCAACCCCCGGAAAUACCGCCAGUUGAGGUCAGAAUGCUCACUGAAGCAUCACCCGAUAACGGGCCCGUGUACCAUGUGCGCACCACGUACGAUCGGGUGGUUCUACUUAAUGAGAACGAUUUAAUUUCAGAAGAUACAAGGACUCAGCCUAUUAUGCGACACUCGACUUUUCAACUUGGGGAUACGCUAUGGCGAUGCGUCUUCAAUGAGACUCUCAUAGAGGGAUACAUGUAUCCUGAUCAGCAAACGACCGCUAGCGCUACUUCGAACAGCUCGGCCACUUUCAUGCAAGACCUCGUAAAAGUACCGCAUGUGCUCAAGCUCGUCGAGCAGCGCAUGCCUAAUGGCAAGGCACCUUACUGCGAGAGAAUGAGGUUACAGGAAGGCGGUUUGAGUAGCCUUUCAGAGGAGAAGGUGACGCUGCGUUUAGCCGAACCGGCUGCGGAAACCUUAGCAAAGGCCGUCCUCGACCGGAGUAUUAGAUUCCGAGCUAGACAGCGGGCAUCGGAGAGCAAUUUUUGUCGGUGCCAGUGGAUGGUUCAAUGA